AUGAACUGGGGUGCUCUGGAGACACUCCUCAGUGGAGUCAACAAGUACUCCACUGCGUUUGGACGAGUCUGGCUCUCCAUGGUUUUUGUCUUCCGGGUGAUGGUGUUUGUGGUGGUGGCUCAGCGCGUGUGGGGCGACGACCACAAAGACUUUGUUUGCAACACUCUCCAGCCGGGUUGCAGCAACGUGUGCUACGACCAGGUUUUCCCCAUCUCUCACAUCCGUCUGUGGGCCCUGCAGCUCAUCUUCGUCACAUGCCCAUCUCUAAUGGUUGUAGGCCAUGUCAAGUAUCGAGAAAAAAAGGACUUGCAGUACACCGCCACCCAUGAGGGAAAACACCUGUAUGCACAUCCUGGGAAGAAACGUGGAGGGCUGUGGUGGACAUACCUGGCGAGCCUGAUUUUCAAGGCAGGCUUUGACACUGGCUUCCUCUACAUUUUGCACCACAUCUACGAGGGUUAUGACAUGCCCCGCUUGACCAAGUGCUCCCUGCCUCCUUGCCCGAACAUGGUGGACUGCUACAUCUCCCGUCCAACGGAGAAAAAGAUCUUUACGCUGUUCAUGGUGGUCUCCUCUGUAGCCUGCAUCGUCAUGUGCAUCUGUGAGAUGGUUUACCUCAUCUUCAUGCGUAUCCAGAAGAUCAUUAGGAAGAAAAAGAUGAAGAACCAAAUUCGGUUUGCCGAGAGUCACGAGAUGGCACCGCUGUCACAGCCAAGGUCACUGUUCAAGUCCAAACCCUUAAUCAGAGUGGACCCUACAGCGUCAUUUCAGAACCUGAAUAACCUCCAAGCUGAAGAGAUGCCUGUUAAAAAAUUAUAAUCAUGGAGCAGUGGGUAGAGCCAUC